CUUUGAUUCGUCUUCUCCGGUCAGAACUGGACUUGCAGUGCUCUUUUUUAUUUUUAUUUUUUAUUGUUUUCAUCUCCAAUCCCAUCAUGCUUGCAGCGGCGACGGGAUCCAUGCAGAUGCAGCGUCAAAGUCGCUCCACUGUCGCAGCCGCCGCCGCCGUGAUGGCGCGCCAGCUGCAGACCAGCAGCCGUCGCCGCUCUUGCUCUGCCACCCACAGUGCGAGCGACCACCAGAGCAGCAGCAUUCCCAUCGCCAGGCUGGAUGGCGCAUGGCACCGCCUCGCUGCUUCGACGACGGCGAGCAGUGCUGCUCCACGAGGUUUGAGCCACACGGCGCACCACGCGUACCACAGCCACAGCCACAGCCACAGCCGCUCGAGUGCGUCGCCUGCUCCAUUCGCUCGGAUGAGCAGCACUCGCCCAUCCUGUGCUCCGUCGGUGCUGCCGGUCCAGUGGGCGCAGGCCGCGCGCUUGUACACUGCGAUGGCUGCUCCGGCUGAAAGCAACGCCAAGACGCCUGGUUCUGCUCCUUCUGAUGCUCCUGCUUCUGAUGCUCCUGCUGCUGCUGCUGCUGCUGCGGUCAACUCAACCGUCCUGCAAGACUUUCGAGAGCUGUUUGACAUGUCGGACAUCGCCUCCUCUGGUGGACGUGGGCAGCAUGCUCCUGCUGCGGCCAAACCGCAAGUGCUCGCAUCCACAAGCCAAGAAGACCAUCAGCAGACACUGUUGGAUGUGCCUUCCAACACCACCAACAACAACGACCGCACUCAAGUCGCGAGCUCAAGUCCUGACCCUUGGGCCGGAUUGCUCGCCUCGUUCGGACAUGACUCUGUCGCGCCCGACCUCCAACAAGUUCACCGUCGUCCAGAGGUCUCUCCACUGCAGGCAGUCACAUUUGCCAAGUCAUCCAUGCAGUCCCAGUUUCGGGCGCGUGAGCGUGCAGCGGCAGACCCGUCGACCGAGUUGGAGUACUCCUUUUCGGGUGUGCAUUGGACUUUUGACGCUGACAUGGCUCUCCUUCGAGCGGUGCGGGAGCACGGCACCAAGUGGUCACUCGUCGCGCGGACGGCAUCCGCCCUUCUCAAUCCCGGCACAACGGUAGGCCUGUCGCUCCUUGCGCAGUCGGUUGCACAGCGACCAGCUUCGCGGAUCGAUGCUCCGGUCCGAACGGACGCGUACAUUACUCCACCAAUCAUGUCAUCGAGAGCAUGCCAGGCUCGCUUUGCUCGGUUGCGAGGAGGAUCGCAACACCGCGACGUUUGGACUCCAGAACAAUCGGAAUCUCUUGCUCGUGCUGUGGCACAACACGGCGACAGUUGGAAGGCCAUCGCAAAGGCUGUAAACUGCGGGCGUUCCGCGGCGCAAUGCUUUAUCGCCUAUCACCAGCUCGAUUUUGCACCACCCACUCGGACACCCAGCGACGUGCAGACAGGUCCGCGCAUUGAUUUGCCUGGGCAUCUUCACUUCUUGCGCGUCUCAGCGCGAUCCUUCGUGUCCCAGUUGCAAGCGGCUACGCUUGUGCAAGAAUUGAACAUUGCAUCGCGCACAGCGCGCGUCUGCGCAAAUUUAGCCGAACUUCGUGAAGUGGCCUUGAAGCAAUUCGCCGAGUCCUUUGCCGAUCCAGAAGCUGCCAUUGUGCCGACAUUAGACCGUUCCGAUUUGCCGUUUUUGAUUCAAAUGUGGCUGCGACGACGACCGAACAUGCACCAUCCUGGACUGGCACCGCUCUUCACCAAGUUUGCAAGUGGCGCGUUCGAACUCUUGUUGGAUCUGAGCAUUCUUCGCGCGUUGAUUAUUGGAGGGCCUCGCCAGUCGGACGAAGUGCUGCGUCGCCUCAUCGCUGCGGACUCGACCUUGUCGGGGAACGUGCACCAGGCCAUCCACGCCUUGUUGAAGAGCCACCCGCGGCUCGUUCGUCGUUCGACCCCUUCCUCCGCUGAGCAAGCGUCGCAGGCUCUACCAGCUGAAAAGCUACGCGCUGGUCUAUUUUUGACUCCCUGGAUUGAAAUCAAGCCCAUUCAAUCGAUCGACAAGGCCGCAUUCAUUCGCCAAGCCAUCGACGAUUUUGAAGUCGAGGAGCGCGAACUCGAACCAGAGGCUGGCGAAGCCCAGUGGCGAGCGAACGCCAUGAAGCACUUUUUGAACUGCAUCAACAAGAAUGUGUUUGCGCCGGUUCCGCUCACGUCGGAAGGGGUUGACGUUCUGGACACUCUUCCUGUGGAAGAGAAAAAAGGGGAAGCAAAUGAAUUUGUCUUCCUUCCGCCCGUCACUACGACCGCCGCCCAAUCGCGGUUCUUGUCUCAGAUGCGCAAGCACAUCCGCACGGACGUUGUAAAGCACGUCAACCUUCAGCGCGAGCAGUUGAAGCCAUCCGUCUUGGAUUCGUUCCCCUGGCACCAAAACGCCAUUUCGAGUCCCAAUCACGCGUCUGCGUAUAUUCGUGUGAGCGGCGCAGGCGAAUUGUUGAAUGUGGCAGAAGCCGUUGUGCGCUUCGACGCCCGGUUGCUUCCCAUUGUCAGCGACCUGACGCUGCAGUUGCGGCUCGUCAACGGCGCGUUUGAAAUUCAAGUUCUCCAGCCCAAGUCCCAGCGGACUCCGAGCCCCGACCUUUCCUCGUUGGCACAUGUAUUGAACGUCAGGUUGAAACUCGACGGACUCGCACUCGCGCCACAAAAGCACCCCUUUGACUUUGGCAUUGGCAAAGCCGUACCUGGUGCAGCUGGUGCGCCCGACUUUGCUCUGGCAUGUACCCUCCAAGACCUGGAGUCGCUGAAGGGAUCCAUAGCCCAGGCAGUGCUCUCGGCGACGGCGUUGAAUACAUUCCAGAAGGUUGAUCCUUUCAUGCCAUUUGAACACCUGUCUCGCAAGGCUGGGUUGGAGCAACAAGAACAGCUGAUUGCCCGGAAGCAGGCCGCGUCCGAAGCUGCUGCCCUCCGAUUGGUGCAGUCACCCGUCGUGGAAGAUGGAAAGGACGAACAGCAGCCCUCUGAAUCUCGGGACGACGCGAUGGGCGAUUUGCUUGACUUUUUCUCUCAAAAGCCGGCAUCAUCUGGCUGAUUUGCUUUGGUUGGAAUUGAGGUGCAGCCAAAUACAGUAUCCCGCUUGACUAGUAGACUGCAUUAUACAUUGUUACACUCCUAACAAAUACGC